AUGCCAGCCAAGCGUCAUGAUGACGAUGAUGAUAGUGAGGAGAUUGGUGAGGAUGAAUUUCAAGUUGAAAAGAUACUACGUGUACGUAUACGUAACGGGAAAAAAGAAUAUUUCCUAAAAUGGAAGGGAUAUGGCGACGAAGAAAAUACUUGGGAACCCGAGGAAAACCUAGAUUGUCCUGAUCUUAUAAAGGAGUUUGAGGAAAGACGCGCCAAGGAAAGGACCAUUACAACUCCAAGUUCAGCUCGCGCUACAUCCAGCCUUGACAGCUCAACAAAGACAAGAGCCGCCAAAUCAAUCUCCCAGCCAAUUAAUAAUGCACUUUCCCCCAGUAGAAAGGACAAACCCGAAUCCCUUGAAAAUGAGCCCCAGUCGAAGAAAAAGAGAACCACUCCCCCCUGUGAUGAUGCUGAUAGCUCUUCGGAAAUAACCUCCUCUAAAGUCAGACCGUCUUCAACGGCUGUCGCUGCUUCCUUACCUUCUCCUUCCGUCCAGCCCAGAGGCUUCGGUCGAGGGCUAAAAGCCGAAAGAAUUUUAGGAGCCACUGAUUCAAGUGGCGAAUUGAUGUUCUUAAUGAAAUGGUCGGUU